AUGUGGAUUUUUUGUGCCGCCAUUUUUUUGUUGCCAAUUUUUUUGGAAGCCGCAUUGUCUGACUGUAGAUAUGCCAAGAAUUUGACGGGAAAUGGUGAGUUUUUGAAGAGACAUGACAUUGGGUUACUGUAGAAUUUCUGAGAAUACGGUAGAUCAGCCUCUGGGUUACUGUAUUUUAAAGGAACAUUUUUUAGCUGAGCUUUACUGUAGAUCAGAGUGAAUUUAAAGGAACAUAUCAUUUUUAAUUUUUUUGGGGAUACUGUAGAAAGUCAGAGGAAUACUGUAAAUCAGCGUUUGGGUUACUGUAUUUUAAAGGAACAUUGUUUAGCUGAUUGUGAGCUUGGGUUACUGUAGAUCAGAGUGAAUUUAAAGAAACAUAUCAUUCCUAAAUUUCUGGGGGAUACUGUAGAUAGUUUAAAGGUACAUACAGAUUUGAAUCUGAAUAUUUGAAGGAGUACUGUAGAAAAUCACUGAAUUUUCCAAAAAAAAAACAUUUUUGGAGUACUGUAGGUCUAGAAAGCUUUCAACUUUUUUUAUGUACUGUAGAAUAUUUUGAAAUUAGAUACAGUAACCCUUAACUACAGUACCUCUGAAAUCAGAUUGAAAAUACUGUUACAGUACUCCUGAGCUACAGUAUUUUGAAAAUAAACUGAAAUUGAUUGUGAGCUACAGUAAUCCUUACAGUAACCCAGAAUCUACAGUGAUCUUACAUAAAUUUGGAACUUUUCAGAAAGAGAACUUACCCAUAUUUAAAACGGUUCCAAACACUUACAGUACCCCACCCUACCCUACAGUAACCCACCUACACUACCACAGAUACAGUACCCCCUUUUCUCACCUACAGUAACCCACCUACAGUACCCCCAAAUCUUGCAGACGACGAAGAAAGCUGCCUCUUCUACUAUCUUCUACACCGCGAAUUCGAACACACCGGUGAUCCACAUUCUCUCUCAAAAAUCGCGCCGAAAACCGAAGAGCUCAAGAUUACGGUAGGCGUGGAGUACGGUAGCUGUGGAUUACGGUAGAUACGAUUUUUUGCAGAUCGAAAAUGUCCAGAUCCGAUAUGUGGAACUUGUCAAAGGCUCCAGCUAUCAAUUCAAUGUUUUUGGCGAUAUUUUUCUGGUGAGUCUUGGUUUGGGCCUGGGCCUGGGACUGGGCCUAGGCCUAGGCCUGGGCCUGGGCCUGGGCCCAGGCAUAAAGCCUAAGCCUAAAGCCCAAAUUUUUUCAGAAUUGGGUGGAUGAUCGAUUGAAAUGGGACAAAGACGGUGAAUUCGGGGAUAAUGAUCAUUUAUUUGUGGCAAACGCGAAUUCGGUGUGGAGUCCACACGUCAUAGAUCACACGUGAGUGUUUUUUCCCGCCAAAAAUUGGAGCCUACAGUACUCCUUUUCAGAUUGUGUAUGGAUAAUGGUUGCACAUAUUUCGUUGAUGACGUGGAUGUUUAUGAUGACGGGCGGAUUUAUGCGCGAAUUCAAUUCAAAUACACGGCCAGUUGUGGAAUUGAUUAUAGAAAGUGAGUGGGUUUUUGAUGUCGGAAAUUGUGCCACUUUUGGUUUAGGUGACACAAUUUUUGAAAACUUCGAAAAAAAAAGUUUCAAAAAUUGCAAUUUUUGGGAAAACAGAUGCCACGUGGAUUUUCCAAACAAAAGAAAAAAAUUGAAAUUACAAAAAAUUCAGACUCCAGAUUUCACGUGACGGAAAUCUUGCCACGUUGAAAAUUUUCCAAAAAUAAUUUGUUAGGACUACUGUAGCUCAAAAAAUUCCAUCCAAAUAUUUUGCAGUUCGAGGUACUGUACUGUAUUUUGAGUGCCACGUGGAUUUUGAAUUUUCAGAUAAUUGAGCAUUUUUGUAGUUCGGGUUACUGUACCUCAAGCCAAAAAUUUUGCAAUUUGAGGUUUUUUUGUAGUUCGGGUUACUGUACCUUAAGCCAAAGGUUACUGUAACUCGAAAAUGAAAUGUUGCCACGUGGAUUUCUGGGAUUUGGAAUCUGAUAUGAAAAACUAAAAACCUAAGAAAAAAAAUGUAUUUGAACUACUGUACCUCAAAAAUCUCAAACCAACAUUUAAUUUAUUGUUAGAGUUUUUGUAGUUCGGGUUACUGUAGCUCAACAAUUUUGGAUUUCUUUUAUAUUGAUUUUUCAGGAAAACCUGGGAUUUUGAAAAAAAAGUUUAUUGAAAUACUGUCUCAAGCCAAAAUGUUACUGUAUGUGUGCCACGUGAAUUUUGAGUACAGUAAUUUUUCCCGCCAGAAAAAAAAUCCCCAAUUUCCAGAUUCCCCGAAGAAGAGGACAGUUGUUGCAUCUUCUUCACGGCCUUCGAAAAAGACAUUGCACGAACAAAAUUCGAAAUCGAGGGAAAAACCAAAGAGAAAUUGGCUCGGCCCGUUUACGCGCAAAAAAUCUACGACAAAGAAUCAAAGUUGGAAGAUCUGGUGCACGAGCAUUCACCAUGGAUGGUUUCGGAGAAAACAUUGAGCAUUGCUCAUUUGGGAGGGAUUGAGAGCCUUCAAGUGCUCCAAACUUGCAUCCGAGCCGAGAAGCCGAUGAAUACGGUACGAGUUGCGCUAACUCUUCCCGUCACACUUGCCACGUAUGUCAUGUUGGCGUCGCCGUUGUUUGGCGAUUUGAGAAUGCAAUUAUUUGUGAAAUUGUUCAGUUUGCAUAUUCAGACAAUUUGUUUUUUGUAUUUGUGUUCGAUUACGCCGCCGAAUGGAUUUUUGGGAGUGAGGCCGAGGAUUUGUGAGUUUUUUUGGGGUUUCUAGGCCACCAGUAUAGUUGGACAACGGCUCGGCUCAAGCUGCUUCAAAGCGGCUCGGCUCAAGCCGCUUUCAAUAAAAAAAUUGAAAGCGGCUAAUCGGCUAUUUUUCAAGCCGUUUUGGUCAGCCGAUUAGCCGAAUGAUUUAGCCGAGUCGCUUUAAUUCAAAGCGGCUCGGCUCGGCUUGGAGUGAAUUUUUGAAAUUAUCAGAAAAAUGAAGUUAAGAUAAUUUAUUCAUGGGUUUUGGGGUUUUUUGGUACGGGGAACAUCGUGGUGGGACCCAUUUAACCCAAAAGUGAUUCUUAAAGGCAUGUUGUCACCAAAAAAAAAUUUUUUUUGAAAAUUUUAGAUUUUGGGUUUUUCGGUACGGGGAACAUCGUGGUGGGACCCAUUUUGGAUAAAAAUGACUCUUAAAGGCAUGUUGGGACUAAAAAAAAAUUUUUUUCGAAAAAUUCAGAUUUAGGGUUUUUUGGUACGGGGAACAUCGUGGUGGGACCCUUUUGGUCUGAAAAUGACUGUGAAAGGCAUGUUGUCAUCAAAAAUAAUUUUUUUUUUUGAAAAUUUUAGAUUUUCGAUUUUUCGGUACGGGAACAUCGUGGUGAGAUUCAUUUGACUUGAAAGUGACUCUCAAAGGCAUUUUGUCACCAAAAAAAAUUUCUAGGGGGCGAAAAAACCAUUUUUUGCUAAAAGUUGAGUUGAAAAUCGGAAAUAGAGAAUGCGCUCUAACGCACAACUCGGUUUUUACAGUUUCGUGUGUGCUUGCAGGCAACACAAUGACGUCUUUUUACACCAAAAUGUUCCCCGUGCUCUAUAAGCAAUUUUCAAAAACAUUUUUUAGUGACAAAAUGCCUUUAAAACUCAUUUUUAGACCAAAUGGGUUCCACCACGAUGUUCCCCGUACCAAAAAACCCCAAAACCCAUGAAUAAAUUAUCUUAACUUCAUUUUUCUGAUAAUUUCAAAAAUUCACUCCAAGCCGAGCCGAGCCGCUUUGAAUCAAAGCGGCUCGGCUAAAUCAUUCGGCUAAUCGGCUGACCAAAACGGCUUGAAAAAUAGCCGAUUAGCCGCUUUCAAUUUUUUAUUGAAAGCGGCUCGAAGCCGAGCCGAUCAAAUUCAGCCGUUGUCCAACUAUAGCCACCAGGAUUUCAUUUUCUAGGCCAUCUUUGAUUUUUUAGGCCACCUGAACUUCGUUUUCUAGGCCACCAGAAUUAGGUUUUCUAGGCCACGAGGAUUCGGGUUUCUAGGCCACCAGGCUUAGGUUUUCUAGGCCGCCAGGGUUAGGUUGGUUUUCUAGGCCACCAGAACCUGGUCUUUGGUUUUCUAGGCCACCUGAACCGGGUCUUUGGGUUUCUAGGCCACCAGGAUUUGGGUUUAGAUAUGAACCACCUAUCAUCUUCCAACUUCCUAGGCCACCAAAACCUGGUCUUUGGUUUUCUAGGCCAUCAGAACCUGUUAUGAGAAUUAUCAGUCGCGUGCGGCUGUGCGUCGCGGUCGGAAAAUAAUCAACCGCGACGCACAGCCUCCCAACCGCGACGCACAGCCUCCCAACCGCGACACACAGCCUCCCAACCGCGACGCACAGCCUCCCAACCGCGACACACAGCCUCCCAACCGCACAGCCGCACGCGACUGACAAACUAAUAUUUUUCUCAUUCCAGACAUUUUCUACGAGCUCAUCUUCAUGAUCGCCUUCGGCAGUAUCCUGGUCACCCUGGUUGUAAUGGCCCUAAGUCGAGUGAAACGCAGUGUACCACCGUCGCAUCGUGUAUUUUUAACGGCGAAAUUGGUGAGUCACCAGAAAGGAUUCUCUUCCCCAAAAAAAAAAAACAAAAUUGUCUCGCAGAUCAAUCGCAUGAUUUGCUGCAUUGAACCCGAACGCUCCGACGCCUAUCAUCGAUAUGUCGAAGAAUCGCUGGAGAAUCCGCAGCAAGCUGAAACGCAGCGACCAUCUAAUGAGGCGGAUUACACGCAAGAUUGGCGGCAUAUCUACCUGGCUGCGAAUAAUAUGUUCAGCGCCAGUAUGUUCAGCAUUUUCUUGCUCGUCACCUUUUUCGAGUUUAUUUAA